UCCCGCUUCGUUCUUCUGCAUUUUUCACCUCUCUCUCUCUCUCUCUCUCUAAAACCCUCGGGAGAGAAACUAUUUUCUCCCUCAUCUGCGGAGCAAUGGCGGAGAAGGACGAGCGCAAUGAGCGCAUCGCAUCCUCCAUCAGAGUCGUGCCCAACUUCCCAAAGCCAGGUAUAAUGUUUCAAGAUAUCACCACCCUGCUGCUCGAUCCGCAGGCGUUCAAGGAUACCGUGGAUUUGUUUGUGGAGCGAUACAUUGGGAAGAGUAUCUCUGUGGUUGCUGUGAGAUCAUCAUUGCAAGUUGACGAACUUUUUUGGUAUGGGACGGCUGAUUUUGACUUUGGUACAGUCUCAAUGAUGAUGGCUUUUACCCUGUGGACAUCCUGUCAAUUUACUUGAAAUUUUUCUUUGGAGAAGUUGCAAUUUUGAUUUUUUUUUUUAAGUUUCAGUUGUGCUACAUUUGGUGUAUGAGCAGCUACGUAUUGAUUUAAGUUAUGUUUGAUGUGCCUGUAGCUAUGGGUUUAAACUACUAUAGCCGAGUUUAAAAAUAAUUCAAUAUUGGGUAUAAGAUGAUUUUGUAAGCGGGUGGUUUAAAAAUAAAUGACGCUAAAAGUUUGGGUUCAUAUAAAUAUUAGAGCCCUAUAUUUUGAUGUUGUUUUACUGUUUAGUUCUUGAAUUUUUGGAC